UUCUCAAGCACAGCAUUCUGUAAACUUCAGGAAAGUUGCAAAAACUUUAUAUGAUCUUGGAAAAUGUUCAGAACCUGUAACAAAACAUGUUAUUAAAUCUGCUUUACAAAGAUUAGUAAUAAAAGAUUUUGAUGAGGAGCAGAUCUGGCAACAAAUUGAAUUACAAAAUAAGCCAUUUCUUAGUCAUUUAUCAAAGAAUAUUUCAAUAUUGUCUAAGUCUCAUACUGCUAUUAAAUUAAGAAAUAUACCACAUGAAACCACUGAAAAGAAAGAAAAAUUAUUAAAUAAACUUGGAAAAGAAAAGGUGAAAAGUAGAAGUUCAAAGAAAAAUGAAAUUAAGAAAGUUAGAUUUUUGCCAUCAUUAUCAACAUCUAUUGUUGAUGAUAAGUUCUUUAAAUUAUCAGAACUUGAAGAAUUUUUAAAUAGCGAAGAUUUAAAAGAAUCUAAAGAACAGAGUGAUGAUGAUUCAUCAGAUGAAGAUUUUAUUGAUUACUUUGAAGAUAUCUCAUCAGAUAGUGAUGAUGAAAUAUCAGCUCGAAAUGCUACAUAUAAAGAUUUCUUUGAUAUGCCAAAUAAUGAAGAUAUUCAAGAAGAGGAUAAAACUGAAGAUUUUCAAAUAGAGCAUGAUAAUGCAGAGGAAUAUGACACUGAUGAAGCCCAGGAACAGGAUGAUAAUCCAGAAGAAGAAGAUGAUGAUGAUGAUAUGCCAUCAGAAUCUGAUCAAGAAGAAUCUGAAGGAGAAGAAUUGGAAAAUAAUGAUAUGUAUGAUACAAGAGAUGUGGAUGAUGAAGAAAUGAAUGAUAUAAAAGAAAGUAAAAUAGAAUCUGUAAUAUCAGAUGAAAGUGAUAAUGAAGAUGAAAAAGAUGAACCUGACUUAACAGUUAAAUCAACUUAUCAGAAAGAACAUGAAAAGACUGAAGAAAAAGAAAAAGAAUCAGAAAAACACCAGAAUAUAAAAAAGGCAAUGGAUUCUUUAUUUUUAAAAUUGGAUGCUCUCUCUCAUUUCCAAUUUCAUCCUAGACCGCCUGUUCCCGAAAUUAAAAUGGUUAAUAAUAUACCAGCAAUAACAGUUGAAGAAGCUAUACCUGAAGGUGUAAGUGAUGCUGCGUUAUUAGCACCUGAAGAAAUAAAAAAGAAAAUUAAAGGUGAAUUGAAAGCAAAGACAGAAAGAGAUAUUACAGAUAAGAAAAGAGAAAGAAGAAAGAAAAAGCUUAAACAAAAAUUUAAGAGCAAACAGAAACAGAAAAAUAAAGAAAAAUUAGAUCUUGACAAAAAAGUGUCUAAAAAGAAGAAAAAACAAGGAAAAGUUUUAUUAGAGGUAAUGUUGAUUCACUAUAAGUACUUUAUUAUUAUUAUUUUUUCUUUUUUACACUGUCUCAAAAGCUUAUUUACUAAAUUCUCUAAGAGAAGUUUACUAAAUUCUCUUAGUAUAAACUCAGCUGUUUGUUUAGCAUUGUGAAUAAUUGAUGAUUGA